AUGGUUGACCCGGGGCCGCGGCUGUUGGACUUCACCAAAACACCGACGCAUCUUCAGUUCAACAAGUACGUGCUGACCGGCUAUCGGCCGGCGUCCACCGCUCACGAGUGUGUGCGGAGUCUCUUCUACAUGCACAACGAGCUGGGUAACAUCUACAGCCACGGGAUCCCUUUCUUCCUGUUCCUGGUGCUGCUGCCCUUCAGCAUCCCCUGGAGGGAGGUGGACAGCGUCUGGAUCGGGGUGGUCCACUACCUGGCCUGCCUCAGCCCCACGGUGGGCUCGGUGCUCUACCACGUGUUCAUGAACCACGUCGGCGGGGAGCACGUGUACGACACUCUGCUCUCGCUGGACAUGGUCGGCGUCUGCUUGGUCAACACGCUAGGCGCCCUUCCCAUCAUCUACAUCACACUCCUCUGCUUCCCGGCCGUGCAGCAGGCCGCGCUGCUGGCCUACAUCUUCCUGUCGGCCUACGGCAUCUACUGCGCCACCACGGCUCGCACCAACGUCCUGCGCCUGCGGGCCUUCCUCUGGCAGGCCGUGUUCCGCUUCAGCCUCUUCUUGUUCCGCGCCUACGGCAGCGGGGCGGGCAGCCCCGACUCGCUGCGCCUCUUCGUCAUCAUGGACUCCCUGGCCGUGCUGGGCGGGCUGGUCAACGUGGUCCAGAUCCCCGAGCGCUUCGUCCCGGGCCUGUUUGACAACUGGGGUAACAGUCACCAGAUCAUGCACGUUAUGGUUAUCUGCUCCAUUAUUUACCUCCACUGGGGAACUCUGGAGGAUCUGACCUGGGUCAAGAACUACCAGUGUCCUGCUGGAUGACCACAAAUGAUGGCAUGAUAAGAUGGGUUGAUAGAUUUGAUUUUUAAGACUCACUGGUGUGUGGCGUAGAGUUUAAACUUUAUACAAUAUCACAAGUUUUACGUUCAACAAUGAUAAGUCAUUCUUUCAGCCUGAGAUUUGACUUUCCCAAAAGUGACCCAAAACAUUUAAAUAAUUGCAAAUAACAUUUUGGAGGUGGGGGAAUCGAAUAACUAACUUCAAAAUAAGUCGACGCAAAAUUUCCGCCGAUAAAAGUUCACCGGAACUUUGUUUGCACCAGCGGGAAACAAAUGUUUCACACGGACAAUUAAUGCUGACGCACGCAGUAAUUUAACCAGCUAUAUUUUUAUACUCAAUCGUCAUCUGAGCUGCUGUCGUCUUCGCCCUCCGAAACGUCGGCGAUGGGAAACCGCAAGAUGGCCGCCACUCCGCUCAGUUGAGUCAGUUCUAAAGGAACAAGGUAG